UUUGCCGAGUGGUUUCGUGACUGCUUCGACUUUCAAACCAUCUCCUAGGAAGGAAGCCACUGCCAUCAAUUCCCAGCUUAUCGUAUUGACCUGUUCUCUUCCCCUCCUUCCCUUCUGUUCCGCAAAGAUUUUGUAUUCGAUUUAACGCGCCUGAUUAUACCCGAUGGCCGACCUAUCCGAUCCCCAAAUCGAUGAAGCUUACCAGGAUGUUCGUUCCGACAAAUCCGACACUAACUGGCUUUUACUCGAUUAUGAGUCUGACCGGUCUGACAAGCUAAGAGUCACACAGACGGGAACGGGUGGUCUCGCCGAGUUACGCGAUGCACUUGGCGAUUCCAAAGCGUCUUACGCAUACGUUCGCGUUACCUUCUCCAAUGACAAGGAAUCUCAACGGGAGAAAUUCAUUCUAGUAGUGUGGAUCGGUCCUGGGUGUAAAGUGAUGCGGAAGGCCAAGAUCUCCGUCCAUGCAGCCGAUGUCAAGCAGGUGUUGCGUGUCUACUCUAUCGAAGUUCCCGCUCGGGAAAAGGAUGAUUUAAAGGAGGAUCCGAUUGUGGUGAAGCUGCGGAAGGCAGGUGGGGCUAGUUACGACGGGGUGUAGCUUACAUCACACAAAGUCGUGCUCUCAAUUUCGUGGCCCUGC